AUCGCUGAAUCAAAAACGAGGGGAGUAAAUGUACGUAUAUUCAUUGAUAGUGAGAUUUUCAAGUCAUUCCUUUCCUAAACACUUUCAGAUUAGAAGAGGAUAUAUCCAAUGAAAAAAGCAUGAUGUUCCAACAACUAUCGAGCAAAAAUGAACAAGUCCUUAAUGAGAAUCCAUUGACAGUGGAAGAGCUUAAGAACAACAUUGCAGCUCUACUAGGUAUUCAAUAUUCUGAUAUUGAUGUUGUUCACUUGGAAGAUGGCAUUAUCUUCGAAAAUGAUAGAGAAAUCCAAGGUCUGUCUACACCAUUGCAAAUUAUGGUUGGAAAUCCAGAGAGAACAAUUCCGCCCCACAUGGUUACAACAGAGCCAGAUAUGAUUAUGGAAGACGACGAACCCAGGCUUAAAAUGUCGUGUGGACACGCAAUAACUCCAUACAAUCUUUUUGGGCACAUGAAAUAUACGCUGAUGUCUAAAGUAAAGCCAGCAAUAUAUUGUCUUACAUCGGGUUGCGAUGCCCAGUGGAAUAUGCAAGAAAUCGCUAGAAAAGCUGACAUGACAGAAGAUGAAAUAAUAUUCUAUGAUCGCAAAAUUUCUUUCAACUUGAUAAAUCAAGAUAGUAAUUCGAUAUCAGAAUGCCCAUCAUGUGGCCAGUUCUGUCAACGACAGGAUGAUUUUUUGCGAAUCCGCUGUACUGUUUGUUCUAAAAAGAAUGGAUCUGCCUUUGACUUCUGUUGGGAUUGCAAGGCUCCCUGGAUUGCAAACCAUGAAUGCAGCAAUAAAGAUUUAGAAUCUAUUCAAAGAGUUCUAAAUGAUGCUCCCCUGAAGAAAAUCGAUAUGUCAAAAAUCGAAGAUGUGCCUUCUAAGCGAAUGUGUCCGGAAUGCAGAUUUCUAAUAGAACAUAUAAAGGCGUGUAAAACCAUGCAGUGUACACAUUGUAACACUAUCUUUUGUUUCGUCUGUCUGGAGGUUGCUGUUAACCGUCGCCUUCCAUGUGGGAAUUACGAUGCCAAGUGCACUGUAGCUCCAGUUCAGAAUGUAUUUGAGCCACAGUAAAUAUUUAAAACAUC